ACAGUGUGUCAACGCGUGGAUAAAAGUGGCCGAACAAAACAAGUGAGAAGAACCAAAUAGGGCCAUGGCGCCCCACGGCGCCAGUGGCGGAAUCCAUGCUAUGAGUGGGAAGGGGUUCCCAGCGUUGGGUUUGAUUCCCCAACGAACGGAAGGACGCUACCUUGUCAUCCAGCGCAUGGAUGAUGGCAAAACGUUGGAAAAAGUUUCACCGUUUCUGAUUGACAAGGUCAUCAGAAAUUGCUGUGGCGAGGUGACCAGCGUGAAACGGAUUAAAGAUGGCAAACUACCGGUUCAUACUAAAACGGACAAACAAGCCGACAAAUUACUAAAACUUAAAAGUAUGACGAGUGAAAUAAACAUCACUGUCGUGGAACAUGAAAGCUUGAAUUCGUGUCGGAUAGUUAUAACAUGCCGGGACUGGCAAGACGAGAACGACGACGAGAUUCUGGAGAACCUUCGCGAGCAAGGGGUUACAUCAUUGUAUAGGAUUAUGCGAAAACAAGGAGAAAUUAAGGUCAAAACAGCAACUUUCGUGCUAACGACCUCAAAAGCUACAAUGCCAGAGGACAUCAAGGUAGGGUUUCAGAAGGUAGCUACGCGACCGUACUAUCCAUCGACCGAUGCGAUGCUUUCAAUGCUUGCAGUAUGGCCACUUGGGGAAAGAUUGCAAGCAAGAAAAAGUGUGCGUGAACUGCAGUGAAAAAUAUCAUGGGGAUAAGUGUGAUAGACCAGCUCGAUGCGCGAACUGCGAACAAGCCCAUGCCACUACGAGCGUCGAGUGCCCGACAUGGCAACGUGAAAACGAUAUCGUGCGAACAAAAAUAGACAACGGGAUUUCGUACUAUGAGGCGAAGAAAAUCGUGGACAGUAGACAACAACCAGAACGACGUUUCGCAAAUGUAGUAGCUUCUGGAAUCGGCGGAUGCAAGUGCAGAUGCAGUUGUGGUAUAGCGCAGACACAACCAGCCACACCCGUCGAAUUGAAACAAAACAUCGAACAGACACAAUCCCGCAACGUAGAGUCAACACAAAUUACAACACCGAACCUCAAGCCGCAACCUCCAGUAACAACAUCAAAACCGAGUCGUGACGAGAAAACGCCAAAGGAAACCAGCGAUUGCAACAAAGCAAAACCAGGAUCAUCAAAACAGUAUGGCACGCGACAUCAAACAAGUGGAAAAGAAGAGCAAAUCGACCCAUCAUCACCGUCCCCAAAACCAAAACGGUUGAAGAAAGAAUUCGUAUAUCAAAUCAGCAGCGACGACAAACUUGAACAAAGCCAGCAGAAACGUGGAAGAGGAAGACCCAAAAAACUCCAACCAAAGGAGAUCUGCACGGAAAGUUCAGAACCUGAGUAUAGCGAAAUGGAGAUCUGAUUCGCAAACCCCUCGCAACCCGCCUUCAUCAUGCAAAAAAAACCAACGCAUCAAUGUCAAACGUGAAAACAAGCAACCUAGCAAUCAUCUCAUGGAAUAUCCAAGGUCUCCGUGCGAAAAAGCCCGAAAUCAACCUUAUGAUCAAAGAACAGCAACCUUUCAUAAUAUGCCUCCAAGAGACUAUGUGCUCUACCGAUAUCCAAGCAAAUAUCAGUGGAUUCAACACCCGAGCAGAAGAAAAUAACUGCGGAAUACUAAAUUUAGGUAUCAAUACCAACGACUGUUUACCACAAUAUGGUAUU